CGUUGUUUAUCAUUCUUUCAGUCAAGUCGUCAAGUUUUCUUGAAUCGCAAAAAAGACGUGACUGAAUUUAAAAUAGCAAUGAACAGAAGCAAAUCCAAACGUAAAAUGAAGUUUAGGUUAUUCAGUCGUGGAUUUCGUUUCUUCACUGGCAGACGGAAAUUAUAUAAAAAAAUGGACUUCUCGGAUCCGCCUGCUAAGGCGUCAUUCUGCUGCGAAGAAACUGUCGAAGGUGCUCCGCCGACCUAUGCAAUGUACGAGGCUUUAAAGGAUUCGUGUCAGAAUAAUGCUACCUACUUUCAACCAGAUGAUAGUGAAAACGGACAAAGACUAUACCAGGGCUUUAUGACUCUUUUAGAUCACAUAGACACCGUUUGGCCUCUUGUUGAUCACGUUCGUAAGGUAGCUCCACUAUACGACUUCGACGCUAAAGCUCCGGGUAAUGGGUACCGGAGCUUCGUUUCCGUCGUCGACUCUUGUGUCUUACACGGACUCAAACUUAGCCGCCAAGUGUGUACUGGACGAGACGCGUUGCUAUUUCGAAAAGGCUACUUUGUUAAGGAGGUAGAAUCAUGUGGGCAACUGCUAGCAUCGUUGGGUACGUGUUUACACCACCUCCAGACUUUACUCUCGUGGGCAGCGCCAGGGGAAUUGUUUCCCACUGAACCACACACACCAGAGGAGUUGUUCUCACAGGCGGACCCAAUAAAUCAAUACUGCUUUUAUGGAAGAUGUCUAGGAUUUCAGUUUCUUCCAUCAAUGCGUGGUAUACUAAAGGGUAUAUCCAUAUGUAUGGCUGGUUUCUCCGAAGCGUACUACAGUCACGGUAAUCUCAUUAGUUCCGUUUGGACGGGAGGGCAGUAUUUAAUAGAUCCAGAAAUGCGCGCAAGGCGUAUUGUAAAUAUCAGUCAGUCAGCUAGUGUGGAUUUCUGCAAGGCGUUUUGGUUUUUAGCAGAGAGUGAAAUAAUGAAACGGGUACCAAGUUUAAUGUCGUCGACGGUGGCCGUCAAUAAAUUAAUAACGUUGCCCCCUGAACCUAUAGCCGUGACUACGAAGGAAGGGAAAGAGUUGACGAUAUUACCCCCUGAGAUGCAUAUAGGCCUACAAGGACUUAAUGUUAGAUUGAUCAGCGUUAAUAAGAGAAAUGGCAUGGCAGGUGAAGGAUCCUCUACCCUCCCGCCAGCAGAGGGCGUAAUAUUUCACUGCCAUGGAGGAGGCUUCGUCGCCCAGAGUUCGAAAUCUCACGAAACUUACUUAAGGGAAUGGGCAGCUAAACUUAACAUGCCCAUACUAUCAGUGGACUACAGUCUAGCACCACAGGCGCCUUUCCCAAGGGCAUUAGAAGAGGUCUUCUACGCUUAUUGCUGGAUGAUAAACAAUUUUAAAGAAAUUGGAACUACUGGUAAACGAAUUGUAUUCGCGGGUGAUUCGGCGGGUGCGAAUCUAAUCGCGGGCUGUACGCUCAAAAUCCUGGAGGCCGGUCUACGACCCCCCGAGGGUCUGUUCAUGGCGUACGCUCCCUUACUCAUCAGUUUUGUACCGAGUCCUGCAAGACUUCUUUGCUUGAUGGAUCCCCUACUGCCUUUUGGAUUCAUGAUGAGAUGUCUUAAAGCAUACGCAAGUCCAAACGCAAGAGGUAAAGAAGAGAAACGCUCGAGUAAAGAAAACAGCACAUCAAAUGCCACAACGCCUAUUGAAGGAAAUGGUUUCCUGAAAGUUAGUCCAUCACAAGAGGGUGUGAGUGAGGGCCCGUCAUCUUUCGAGGAGGUGUCCCCCUCCGACCUGGCGGAGCUGCAAGCGCACAAGUCCGGCAGCGAGCGGCGCCAGUCCUCCGACACCACCAUCAGCGCCGCCUCGCUCACCAGCGAGCACACCGCCGCAGGUAUAACACCAACGGAGGACAAGUCUCAACAGUACGUAUCGGAUUUCCUCGAUCGAUACGUUUUUGAAAGCGACACAGACUCGGAAGGAAGGCGGUUCCCAGUCGUUAAACCAAACAAGAACCAACGUUCCAGAGAACCGGAAUCGGAAAAUUCGAGUACUUUGAUAGGUGAACCACCAUUAAUACAAGACGAGGAUCAAAAAGACAAUAAAAAAAGGAUAAAAACACGUAUAAGUGAAGCGGCCACGGGUCUAAUGGGCGCGAUGUCGUCUCGGCUGGCAUAUAUCACUGGUUCUAAUAGUAUAAGGCCGUCACAAGAAGAGCUAGCAGUGAGGUCCAAUUUUGACGCCUUAAUAGCGCGCAGUCCGUCCGAUGAGUUCAUCUUCUCCGUUCCCCGCGACCCGUUUCUGUCGCCAUACUGGGCAGAAGACAAACUACUGAAAAGAUUUCCGCCUGUAAGGAUACUGACCGUACACUUGGACCCAUGCCUGGAUGACUGCGUGAUGUUUGCCAAGAAACUCAAGGGUCUCGGCAACGAAGUCGGUCUCGAUGUGUUAGAAGGUUUGCCUCACGGAUUCUUAAACUUUUCAUUGAUGGCCAAAGAAGCUCAUGAAGGUUCAAACUUAUGCGUAGAACGUAUAAAACAAUUGCUCGACUUAGAAAAUCAUGCAAGUACGCCUGAUAACACGCAGUUAUGAAUGUGUGGCCUUUGCGGUAUUAAUAGAACUUAGGCUUUAAUGUGUGCCUGAUACAGAUUAUAAAUCUAGGCAAAUCUCAAAAUAUAGCUAAUGCUCUGUUAAUUUUAUUAAUACUCUUUAAUGGUUUUUUUUUGAAAAAACAUACCUACUUGUUAAAUGUUAUUUAAACUCGUGUAUUAUUUAUUCAAAUAUGCUUAAAAUAUAAAAGUGGUGUAAUGUUUUCAUGUGUUUUAUGAGUGAAAUAGUAAAUAAGUGUAUAUGUAUGGCACUAAAUUUAGUUAUUUUUAAACAAUUCAAAAAUCAUAAAAUAGUGAACGCUUUAUUUUUAAUUCGGCAAAAGACAAGACUAUACCAAAAAUGUUUAUAAAUUUAUUUAUUAUCUUAGUUAACUAUUAUUAUCAACGUUGUCAUGUAAUUUGUUAUUGUAGUAAAUAACACGAACAUAAAGUUAUGGUACAUUCAAGGAGGACCAGUUAAGAUGGAGAGUAAUUUGCUUGACAAUGAAAGUAUUUCGUAGCAAAUAUUUUUUUGUAUAUAAAAAUAAUAAAUUAAAAAACCUAAAACAUGUUUUAUGUCGACAUAAGCAGCGUAUAUCUCAUACAAUGAUACAAAAUCCUGUUAUUAAAUUUAACUAAUCUAUUAAAUAAAGUUCAAAUUCUAUAAUAGAAAGUAAGAUGUCGACUUAAUUAAUUGUAAAUUUUUGUCUUACUUUUUUUAAAACGUCUUUCUGGAUCUCGUCCACAACUUCAACAUAUUUUAUACUUAACAGUGUUACUAGUUUAAAACUUUCAGUGUCGGUUGACUAUCUAAGAAAUUUCUUUAAAUUAAUUUAUUAGCUGAUGUAGACAUCACAGAUUUGUAAUUAGUUAUUGAUAGAUUUAUCCGUAUAAUAAAAAUUAAAAUAAUAUUUCAAAUUGUAAAGUUACCUUUAGCAGUAGAGUUAUUCCGAAACACGUUAAAUCUAGGCCAAAAAGUUGGUAACAUAUUUAUAGUAUCUUAGUAAGUCGUUCUAUUUCUGAUAAAUAAUAUGGUCGCUAUUAACAUGUGUCUAUAAAAAUAUUGUAAAUAAA